AUGAAUUCUUGUCAUGCGCCUUGUGCUCCGGUUUUUUGUUAUUCAGCACUGAACAAUCAACAAUGCUACAAUGCAUGUCACAGUCCUCAACGUACUGCUAUUGAGCCAAUAUUUCAAAUAUACAUAAAAUUACCGAAUUAUAAAUAUUGGACUUGCAAUAGUGAUAAGUGCAAUUCUUGUUUAACAGAUUAUUUUGAAACAGCUUUGCACCGUGGGUACAGCCAAAUAAAUCAAACGUCGAAAGAGACAAUUAAAAUUGGGAAACCCAAUGCCAUUAUAGUAAAUCCAAAUGUAACGAUUACAGACGAACAAAUGAGAAUGAUGCAAGACGAAGCUUUAAAUAAAUUCAGAGAUAAAAAUGAAAUACGAAAACGUAUGGCUCUAUUGCAAACCAACGAAGGGGUGUAUAUAAUUGGCGGAUACAAUAUAAAUCCAGAAACGAGUACUAGAGAAAUACCAAAAAAUGACUAUUUUUAUGAUGCUGAAUCAACAAAAUUAAUACCAAUUUUACCCACUCCUGGAGAUGGUCGAAUGGGUUUUGGACUCGCCACAGACGGUGAAAAAAUUGUUGUGGUUGGCGGUCAUAAUCUUCACAAUGACGUUUUAAGUACCGUUUGCAUGUAUGAUACAAAAGUAGAGAACUCACAAUGGGAAAGUCUUCCUGAUAUGCCAGGACCAACAUCAGGAUCGGGAGUGUCCGUAAUUGAUAAUAUUUUAUAUGCCCUUGGGGGGUUUGAAUUUAUUGGACAAGAAACAGUGAUUCAUGGUGACGUUCUUUACAUGAAUUUGGACGAACGAAAAUGGCAUCGUUUACCUGAUUUAAAUCCUCCGCGAGCGCACGUCCUCGUCACUGUGAUGGAUGAGAACGAUACUCCGUGGUUAGUUGCAGCUGGUGGUUAUCAAUUUAACAAGCGAUCAUCAAAACCUAUUCCCUAUGCGAAAAUGGAAAAAUACAAUGAGGCUAAAAGAAAAUGGGAACACAUUACAGACAUACCUGGAUUUCAAAUUCAUAGGGGAUUGACAAUGAAAGACAAUAAAUUUUUCUUAACUGAACUGCAUACGGAUGAGCAAACUGGCGUAACAGACAAUACUAUCAUUGAAGAAUUUGAUUUUGAAACAAAAAAAUGGAAAAAACCAAAACCAGAAAGUAAUUUGAUGGAAACAACGGCUAGAUCCAAGGACAACAGAAAACAACAGAAACAAACACCUCAAAAAGCAUCCAGAUUCGACGAAACUAUGGCGACGGCGACAUCUAAAGAAACGUCAGACAGAGAACAUUCAAGACUUUAUGACCACUAUUCAGAAACGGAUGGAGUUUCGAACACAUUCGACUCGAGACUAACAUCGAAUAAAGCAUUAUCUCGUUAA